AUGGCUAGGAGAGGGCGGGAUCGAUUCCUGCGGCGGCGUCGGCAGCCACAGGCGUCCCACAGCGAUGACCGGAUUAGCGCCCUCUCCGACGAUCUCCUCCUCGAUGUCCUGCGCCGCCUUGACACCCGCUCGGCACUCGGCGCCGGGAUGCUCUCGACACGCUGGGCCUGCCUGCCCCGCGAGCUCCCCGCCCUCGACUUCAGGGUCGACGAAAUACUCCCGCCGCGCUACCACCGGUGGCUUCUCCACCGCGACACCGAGGUAACUGAUUUAGAUUACUACCAACUUGGCACCGCCAAGGUGGAGAAGGUCAUGCCUCACAUCAAGAGGUACGAGCGCCGCGCCAUGCGCGCUUUGACCAGGUCCGUCAAGAGCUUCUUGGACGCGGACGUCGGCCGCCGGAGCCGGAGCAGGAGGGUCAGCAGGCUGAGGAUUGAGUUCUUCGCCACGCAUAACACUGGCUGCAUCAACCGGCUCGUCGCCAGGGCCAUCGAUGCCUGGGAGGUCGAUGAUCUCGUGGCCGUUGCUAAGCCAAUCUCCUGGCAAUGCCGAAAUUUCCACGACUUCCCCAGCCAUGGCAUCUGCCAAGAGCCCCACGCGUCACGCCUGCGAAGCCUCAAGCUUGGAGGCUGCGCGCUCCCGCCACUGCACCAGCACAGCGCACUCACCGUGCUCGUCCUGCAAGACACACCGCGCUCGACGCCUGAGUCAGCUUAUGAGGCCAUCUUCGCCUCCUGCCCGCAGCUGCAGGUGCUGCACCUCAUCAGCUGCCGCUGCUCAGGCAACGGGGACAUAAUCGUCGACUCCCCAAAUUCAGAGAUGAUGGAGCUUGUUGUGGAGAAAUGCGAAUUCGCCCGGAUAUGCUUCAGGGCUCUUCCUAGACUCGAGAGAUUGUCCUCCCUGGGAACUAGAGUGCGCUUCGAGUCGACUUCAUUUCCCUGUCUCAGGAAGUAUAACCUCACCCUGUGCCUUGGUUUCAGACUCGAAGAUGAUCGCCAAUACUUUGCACCACCCAUUAAGUUGAAGCUUAGCUUGUUUCUGGGGCGCACCCCGGACAUAACCGACCUGGUUAUUCGGUUCACUGGACCAGACAGAUGGAUUGUGCCAUCUGGCUCCUCCAUGUCGCCGGCAUUGCUACCUAAUCUCAGGCGGCUAUUGAUCGCAGACGUGCCUUGGUCCUGGGACAUCUCAUGGCCCCGUCUCCUCCUUGAGACAGCGCCUUCCCUCGAGACCCUUCAUAUCCACAUUAGCCCCCGUUCCAAAGAGGAUGAUGAACCCAAGGGUGAUGAGAUACCGUGGCAGCCCACAAUGCUUGGACACCAUAACCUCAAGGAGUUUGUCAUGGUUGGUUUUGAAGGGACGGACAGGCAGGUUUACCUUGUCAGCUUUGUCAUUGGAGUAUGCAGCACAGCGUUGCGCCAUGUCGCCAUGUACAAGAAGGGGCAUGCUCGGGACAAGGGGCACUGGGACUGGGAGAUGGUGGCCCAGCAGCAACAGUCAGAAUGGACCGACGAGGAGAAGGACAAGGCGCUGAGGCAGAUCAUGAAUGGGAUUCCUUCUUCCUCAGCUGCUUCUCCAGUUAUAGUCUUCGGCUGA